AUGUUCAAUACGUUGAGUUUUAAAUUUCAAAAUUAUUUAAUUAACGCAGGAUUAAUACGACGUUUGGAAGGCAGUGAUAUUAAUGACGAGCCUCUCGCCAAACGUUUGAAACUUGCUGAAAAUGUUUUGUGCAGCCCAGACACGCUGAUUGUUCGGAAAGAGGACUGCGUAUUUCGCUGGUUGUGCAACGAACUGUCGUCCGAGAUAAACGACACUGAAGUUUGGAUGACAAUCCAUCGUUGUUUAUCCUUGGAUCCAAAAAAUUUUUCUAGACUAGCUCUGACUACCAAAACUUUGCUGAUUGAAAAAUUAAUUGGUAAUCUAAAAAGCUAUCCUGACAGUCAAGUGUCGGAGGAGAUGUUAAAGUGCUGUAGUUGUAUUUUUUCAAGUUCAGUUACACAGAGUUAUUCGAGAGAAGAUUUAGUUUUAUCUUUGAUAGAAGCCUCACUUGAGUUUGCAGGUAGAACAUUAAAAGCUAACGAUGAGGACAGAUUUGUUGGAACUAAUGUUAUUUUGGAGUGUGCAGAGUGUGCUGUAAGCACGUUUUCUCAAAGUUGCAGGCAAAGUUUUUCAGAAAAAAAAAGCUUUAUGAUUAUUUUCACAGAAAAACUAUUAUUUCCUGUUUCAUUGCUUACGCAUAUUAUGAAAGAAAAAAAAUUGUCUUCAAAAAUAACUUUGGAGACUCAAAAGUGUAUUAAACGAUUGUUACUUGGCUCUUUGAAAAAUAUCACAUCUUCUAAUGAAGCAAACAUCAAGAUUUUGGAACUUGAGAUUAUUUUUGAUACUUUAAAAAGUAAACUUAGCUCAAUGAAUAUUUCAGAUAUCAAAAUUGCAUUUACUUAUUUGUUUCAAUCUGUGGUUAAUAUUUUUCAUCAGAAUUCUUCUCUCAUCGACGCUGUACUACGUAAAUUGGUAAACUGCACCACGCAAAAAGAUCAGUCCAAACAAAUUCUCACUGUAUUAAUUGAAAAUUCAAUCGAUGUGUCCUUUAAUUUUGAUAAUGAAAUCGAUGGAGUUUCAUUGAGAGCUUUCUUAAUAAAUCAGAUUGAACAAGUUCUUGCUAAGAAAAAAAAUCUCAAGUGCUUUGACUACGAGUUAUUAACCAUUGUGGCAAAACUCAACCCUGUGAUUGUUGAAGAUCUUACACAGAACAUAAUGGAAAAAAUAUUAUUUGCAAAAAAGAAAAGUGAAAAUGAAGAGAUCGCGCGAAAAGUUUUGAUAAAGGAAUUAUGGAAAUCUAGCGUGCGCUUAAGAAGGCAUCACAAAUUCAUUUCGAAAUUCUUAUUGACUAUUAAUAGUAAUACGGUUCAAGAUAUGGAAGAAUUACAGUUAAUAAAUAAAUUCGUGUUGCCUACAAGUUUCAUAGUUGAGUUUAGUGAAGACUUAAAAAGUAAAACCACUAGUGCUCAAAUUAUGGCUAUAUUUCUCACAUUAAUUUAUCAUUUUAAAUCAGAUUGUGUUGAUAAUCUUUCCGAUUCAUCUUUAUUGGCUCAAAAGUACUUGAUGAUAAAAGUUGUUGCUCAAUUGUUUAUUACUUUCUUCGAGUCCUCCAAUUUCUUGGAUAGCUCGUUGCCACGUGAUUGGCAAAUUAAAUUUUACAACACUUUUUCUGAUUUGAGAAAUUCUCUUGCCCUGUUUGGUGAGAAACUGUGUGAAAUAGAAACUAACAUUGACAAAGAAGUGUUUGUACCUUUUUCAGACAUGAUCAAGACAUGGUGUGAGGUUUAUGAUUUGUUACACAAUUAUUUGCCUCACGAUGUCUUUGGUACUAUAGCUUUUCCCAUCCAAGAAGCUAAUAUCAAUGAACUACAGCAAAUCAUUAAAAAAUCUAAAAACCAGGAUUGCAAAGUGGCAUUGAAUCAACUGUUAUUUUUUGAAAUGGUGAUUUAUAAUAAAGACAAUCAGGAGUCAAUCAAAGAUAAAAUGAUACAACAACUUUGGUCAUUGAUUUUGGAAAAUCACUUUGAAAUCGUUGAAUCAUUUGAUGAAAAACAAAUGCUGGAACUAACUCUACAUCUUGUUCAUGAGGCAUGCAAUUCACAGGAGAAAUUACUCCACUGGACUUUACAUUUAAAAAAAAAUUCUUCCAGAUUAACAAAAAAGUUCGCCACUGCCUUAAUUCUUCAAGUCACUAUAAAUCUUGUUGAAGAUGUGGAUUUGUCUACUUCAAAAACUGUCACGGAAAAGAUUGAUUUUAUCAGUGUAUUGCAAUCACUGGGCGAUUCCACUAAUCUAAAAAAUGUUUUAAAAAAAGCAAUGAAAGAAUUUUCUAAGCAAAAUUUCAAGUCUUUGGAUACUGUGGAUAUUGAUAAGGUGAAGAGGAACUUGGUAUUUCUAUCAAAUUUACCACUUUCGUUCCUUGAUACAGACGUGAAAACAUUUUUAUUCAUGGUACUAUAUACUUUUGAAGAAGAAAUACAAUAUAGCUUUGAUGUAAAAGAUUUGUUCACCAAUUUAUACCUGGAUUUUCUUUGCCACGAUGACGUUAACAUAUUAGAUUGCGUAGCACAACCGGCAGUUCUCAUUCAUCAUUUUAAAGACAAUGAAUUAGUUCUCUUAAAAAUUGUCAAACUAUCGAUAAGUAGCUUGUCAGUAUUAAACUUUUGGAAAGAAUUCGUCAAGACAAAAGAAUGUACUAAAAAAAUGAGUUCUAUGCUUAUAGUUUGCAUUGACAGUGCAAAAGGUGAAGCUUCCUCAGAUGAACACAAAAGUGCCUUGCACGACUUGUUCUUGAAGUUAAGCAGUAAAAUUACAAAAGAACUUGAUGAAAAUGUUGAUGAUGCAGAUGAAAUUGCUGGGCUUAGGAUUGCUUUGAAAGUUUUACUUUUAGAGAAGAAAAAGCUCAAAGAUAAUCUGAAAAAACUCGUGCAAUCAGUUAUUAAAAAUGUUGUUAAGAAAAUAGAUAAUCUAUGCAACGAUAAGUUAGCUCAAGAAAUAUUGCAACUGUCUUUAAUUGUGUUAUCACACAGAGAGGAUUUUGUUAUUGAUGAAGACGAAGUGAAAAAGUUGUGCGUUGCUUUUAUAAAAAGUCCCAACGAAAAAAUUUUUUUUGACUUCCUGGGAACUCUAAAAGACAAAGAAUUCGACUAUUUCUCAAAGUCUCUUGGCAGUCAAACGAAAAACCUAUUAAUUAGCGGGGAUGUCGAAACUCUGGAAAAAGUGACUAUGAUAUGGGAUAAUCUUUCAAAGGCCGAAGUGAAAGUGUUGCGCUCAAAAUCACUGAAAUCAGCCGUCAAUACUUAUUUCAAUGAAUUACUCAGUUUAGACUUGAAUGAAGCAUCACCCACGUAUUUAUUGAAAAUUUGCCGAGCCAUUGCGCGGUCGAAAAUAAUGAUACGUUUUUCGGACGAUAUAAUUGACUUCAUUUUCGUUAUGUCGAUCCAAUGUUUGGAUAAAUCGAGUAAAGAUAAAUUGAAUACUUGUCAGGAAGCUCUGGGACUCUGUUUGGAUUUCUUGAGAUCAAAAUCAGAAUUUUCCUUGGACAGAUUGUUUGCCCUUACAACUUUGUUUUGCACAGUAGUUCAGGUAACAUUGCAGGUGGGAAAAGAAAUAAAUUUUUCCGAUGAGCAGACCUUCAGGAUUUUGGCAGUAGAUAUCGAAAAGUUUUGCACAUUUUUUGCAAAAUUAAAAAAACACGUAACAAGAAUAAGUUCGUAUCUGAUCGCUGAUCUCAUCGAUGUAUCAUUGCGCUUUGGAGUUUUGCCGACUUACUUGAAGGCCUCGCUAGAUUCGUCGAUCUGCCAUCUCCUGAGCAACUGCGAUCAAUACGCGAUAAGUUUUCUGUCGCGAACACUACCCGUAUCGACGCAACAAGUUUUCAAAUCGAUUUACGACAACUACAAGAAAUAUCACAAGUUCACCGGAAAAAUCUAGAUACUCGCUCGCAUUUCCCAUUCUCAGAUGGACGAACGGAGGGUAAAAAGCCAGACAAAACGUACGCAAUCCGUA